GAGAAAAGAGAUGAGCAAAGGCGGCAGCCCUCUCCAGGCAAGCCAAAGCACACAAUAAAAAGCACAAUAUGUCGUUCUCUCACGACGCCUCAUGCCUUAUCGGUGUGCAGGACCGUGGCCGCCUCUCUUCGUUUGCUCGGUCGUCGAACAGCAACUCGGGCGAGGCCGACAACGAUGACGCCAAGUCCCUCUCGACCGAAUCAAUGCCUUCACUUGGUGAGCGAUUCAUCAUCCCAUGCAUGUGCCAUGAUGAUCACGCCCUCGUGCCAUGUGUCCAUGAGUAGUGGAGGACAACGAGCCCAUCAUGAGCCCGGCGUCCCUGUUUUGUUGGCGACGAGACGAGCCCAAUCCGCAGGACGAUCAGUCAUCGCCUGAAGUCGACUCUCUCGGCUUCCACUACACCUUCCCCUCACUCAUCAGCCGUGAGCCACGCGCAACACAACACCUGUACACGCAUGGCGGCAGGGGACGUCAUGUCUGUCUGUCUGUCUGUCUGUCUGUCUGUGUGUCUGGUGUCAGUGAUGCACACGAGCUACUAUGGCGGUCUCGCGUCGAGUGCGUCGGGUGCUGGGCCUGCUGCUGCACCUCCUGCCGCCGCUGCAGCUGCAGCUGCAGCUAAUCCUGGUGUGGCGAGUGGCUCUGAUGGCGAGGACAACAAGUCCGACUCGGACGACGAUGUGUGAGUUGAGAGAGGAGGAGGGAGGGAGGGAGGGAGGGAGGGAGGAGUGGGGCAAUGGUGUGGCGUUUGUCUGCGUGUAUGGAUGCAGCCCUGAGUUGGAGACCAUCACUGACGAGUUGGAUAACGAGGAGUGGGCACCGCAGCAGCCGGGUGACGAUAGUGACGAUAGCGGAGAGGACGACCACGGUCACGACGAUGACCAUGACGACCGCCAGGACGGUACGCCCAAACACAGAGAAGGAGUCAGUCGAUGGUGGCUGAAUGCAUGCCUCUGUGUGUCUGCGUCUCUCGUCUCAGCUGACGAUGGCUCCUCUGAUAUCGAGAAGUCGACAGUCGAAGAGGUGUCCACCGGUCAGCGUGAGAGCUCCCUUGGCGGUCAACUUAGUGGCGUCAGUGGCGGGAGCGUUGGCAGUGUGGAUGUGGUGGGCGGGCAGUCGCCGGGGUCCAGCGGUGCUGGUGUUAGUGUUGGUGGUGUUGGUGAGAAGUCUUUGGCCAUUGUGCCGAGCCGCGCGUCGGCCGCUCGCGACACCCCUGCCUGGGCCCCGUGCCCGACAUACACGAGUCAGUUCCCCAGCCUGCCGUCGGUUCUGUCGAGGUCCGCAUGCACACGGGCAGAACGAUGCACGCGCUCACAUGAGGACUGUUGUGUCUGUUUGUAUGUGUCAGUUUCAACAAUCGUCCUCGCGUGUUGGGUCCCUCCAUAGACGGAAGGCGUGGCCUGGGCAGACGUAAGAGGCACAAAGGCCAAGGGAGGGAGGGAGGGAGGGAGGGAAGCCGACAACGCCCCUGAUGCGGGAGGCCACUCGGCUGCUGUGUGUGGUGUGGCGUGAUCGGUCAGGCUUCCCUUUGAGCAUCACUGACGGCGGUGGUCCGUCCCUUCCCACCCCUAGCAGGCCGUCUGCCAUCGCACCUGCACCUAGCCGUAGACCCGUAAGCAGCAGCCACACAUACACGCAUGGCAGACCACAACACGCCCUCCUGCAUGCCCCUGUCACCAUCAGGUUGUGACACCGAGUCCGCGUAUCGAGGAUGUCGAGGAUGAGCAGGAUUCAGACGACGACAUGCCGUCGUUGGUGUCGGACGACGAGCCCAUCACGGCCUACACCGCACCGAGGUACUCCAGGUACUACAGCCACGCCAAUCCGCAGGAGGGAACCGACCGGCUGAUGGGCCUUCCCGUACACGUGAGUACAAUAAAUAGUAGACCACACACUGACUCUGCUAUCCCAUUCGUUCGUUCGUUCGUUCGUCCUUGUGUGUGUGUGUGUGGAUGGGUCCAAUGCAGGUGUUCUUCUUCCCGCCGUGGGCCGAGCUCUAAACAGAACGAUAGAUAGUCGACAGACGGACCGGCAGACGCGUGGUGCUUCCCUGUGUGUGUUGGGGGGGGGGGGGGGGGG